UCCACACUUUUGUUGUACACGUACGCUUUAUCUACCACCUUUUUCAUAUUUAAUCAGAAUGGGACGCCUCGAAGGAAAGAAUGUGUUCAUUACUGGAGCCUCUGCUGGCAUUGGCGAAGCAACUGCACGCGAAUUCGCAAAGGAAGGUUCCAACCUAAUCCUGACAGCUCGACGCCUGGAACGUCUUCAAGGAUUGAAGCAAGAGCUUGAGAAGCAGUAUCCAUCUAUCACUGUCACUGCUGUUGAAUUGGAUGUCCGUCGAAAGAGCCAGAUCGAUAGUGUUGUAGCAAGCGUUCCACCAGUAGAUGUGCUUGUCAACAACGCUGGUAUGGUACUCGGUGUAGAUCAUCUUGUAGAUGUUGAUGAAGACGAGUUUGAUCAAAUGAUCCAGACCAAUGUCAAGGGACUCGUAUUCCUUACCAAGGCAGUGCUUCCGAGCAUGAAGGAGCGACAGACGGGACAUAUCAUCAAUCUCGGAUCCAUUGCUGGCAAACAGGCCUAUGCUGGCGGUAGCAUUUACUGCGCUACCAAGUAUGCCGUUGAGGCCAUCACUGCUUCUUUGCGUCACGAAUUAGUGGAUACGCCCAUCCGCGUGUCGGGUAUCUGCCCUGGCCUCGUCAAUACCGAGUUCUCAACUGUGCGUUUCCGUGGCGAUAAGGACAAGGCAGAUAACGUAUAUACUGGAAUGCAGCCUCUCGUCGCUCAGGAUAUUGCAGAACUUAUUGUGUUUACUGCUGGUCGACCUCCUCACGUCAACAUUGCCGAUAUGCUUGUAUUUCCAACCGCACAAGCUGAUGCAAAGACUGUGGCUCGUCACUAAUACUCCACAAAACUUGUAAAAUAAACAGACUUAGGCACUGAGUAAUAUAGCAGCAGCACUCUUCUAAUGCCAUAUAUGAAUAUGGAGAGACUAGCUGCUUCUUCAAGCUGUCAAGCUGUAGUCUCUAAUCAUGUCAAAAUUACUCGUGAAUUAUAGCAUAAAUUAGAAAAAUAUAGUGAAUCCUGAGUGGC